CAGAUGCACCUCGGUUUGCGGAGAAGUGCUGUGUCCUCCUUGCACCCAAAAGUGCGCGAAGCGUUGCAUUCACAGAGUAUGCAACAAACUGUGUGUUGCACAGUGCGAUCCAUGCCAGAAACCGUGCGAAUGGUCCUGUCAGCACCACAGAUGCCGGAGCAGGUGCAGCGCCCCCUGCGGGAAGGGCCCCUGUGAUCAGCCGUGUCAGAAGAAACUCGCCUGCGGCCACGCGUGCGCCGGCCUCUGUGGCGACCCUUGCCCGCCUCUGUGUCCCGUGUGCCACAGGAAGGAGCUGCGGGAGGCCUUCCUGGGACGCCCUUGGGACGGGGGUCGCGCGCGAUUUGUUCUUCUGGAAGACUGCGGCCACACAGUCGAUUCCAAAACCAUGGAAAAACACAUUGGAAAAUACAAGGGCGAGAUUGGAUUCGUCGCAUGUCCGAGAUGCGGCCACCCAAUCUUUCACCUGCGCCGGUUCAAGCACUCAAUUCAGGAGGCGAACGAGAGGGUUAAGCAGGUCUUCUAUAUAUAUUUCAUAUCGACGCCUUCUAUAGAGCUAAAGGGGUGGAAUCUCUUCAAGGCAGAAAUAGUUAUGACGACUCCGAAAUGCAAAAAGGCUUCUAGCAAACUCCAAAGAUGGGCGAAGCAAGCCGAGAAUUACAGCCUUGUGGAGUUCAUCGAUUUCCUGCUUCAUGGAGCUGCUCGGUUCUUGAAGACAUGGAGAAUGGUGAAGACUCGGAGCCCAAGUCCGUCCGUACCAGCCCUAGAGGCCAAGGCGAUGACUUUCUUGUUUGCGAUGCUGCAGCGUGUUCUCAGUCCGUCAUCAGGUGCCAUCACUCAUCAGCUGGUGGAGGAAGUGCAGUGGGAGUUGCGCAGGCUGGAGAACUACUUGUGCUACACUGUAAUGGAGGAUAAGGGAACAGGAUCAGGGGCAAAUGAAGCAGGAAGAGGAACAGGAACAAGGAGAGUAAAAGCAGGAACAACAACAACAACAAGAAUAAAGGGAGCAGGAGCAGAUACAGGAAAAAACAAACCGAGGUUAGAUACAGAAAUACGAACAAAGGAGGAAGGAGAUCUGGGAACAAAGGAAGCAGGGACAGGAGUAAAGGAAACAGGAGUAGACACGGGAACAAAGGAAGCAGGAGCAGACACGGGAACAAAGGAAGCAGGAGCAAGAGCAAAGGGAGUGAGGGAAGUAAAAGGAACAUCCGCUCUCUCUGAACUUUCCCGGCUCAUCGACCCAAGAGUGAAAUUCAGCGAGGAAACUCAGCUCCGAGUCCGCGAAUUCAUGAAAAACGAAGGGAAAGCCGAGGUUCACGAGGCUUUUUCCACGUGGGAAAGGUUCCAGCCCCGAAUGAAACAGGGCUUGUCUCGGGGGAGUUGGUUGUCUUUAUCAUGCUUGCUUUUUUGUUGUUGGAAAUGCUUACUUAGAUCAUAUUUUACAGGUAAAGACUUCACUAUACGAAAGUCAAAGGCAAACACACUUUAA